AUGGCGGCAUUACCAGGGAGCAAAAGUUCUUGCACAAGUUUCGCUGCUCUGGCCGAGCCCUGCGGUUGCACCAUCUCAAAAGAAUCUUUUGACCCGCUGUGCGGUUCUGACGGCGCAACAUACCUGAACCAAUGCUUCUUAGAGUGCGAAAAAAUGUUAUCCAAUAUCGAUAUUAAAGUUCACCAUAAAGCAGUGCAUAAGCCGGUUUGUGGAAACAACCACGUGACAUAUGCUAACAUAUGCGUGCUACACUGUUAUGCUACGAAAGACUCUAGCAUCCGAUUCAUGAAGAUGGGUGAUUGUUCCGGCGAUGGCAACGGUCCACGUUUGGUAUCGAGAUUCGGCACCGGAGGCAAAUGGAAAGACAAAACAUUACUGCGCGUGCGACACUUCCGUGGGUAG